CCGAACAGAUCGAACACAAGCCCCAAUUCUGUCGAAUACAGAGCAUGAAAACGAAUUCCCAGGAAAGCAAAGUUUGAGUUGCUCACAGACCAACCACGCAACAAACCAACAACAGCACAAGAUUCAAAAUUCUUGGCAAAUUAAUGGUAUACGAACAUCCGUCCCUAACCAGAUUACCUCGGUGGACACGCAUGCUACUUCCAAGAGAGUUCCCGUGCCAACUUUGUUCGCAAAAGCCAGCUCUUUCAAACUAACUCAGGAAGAGUCCUUGGUGAUUUUCACCAAGGAAACUACUCACGAGGUUGCUGAAAACUCUUCGAUAGCCUACGAUCGGUUUCGCCCUUCCCGAGUUUCCGUCAACCUUAUGUUCUACUUGGAUCCAAAUUGGACUCUUUUCGAGAAAUACACUCAUUUGCAAAUCGAGUUUGAAAUCAGCAACCUUACGAAACGUGACGAAUUAUACGAAAUCUUGCGACUGAAUGAAGAGGAAGAGAGCGUCAGAUAUGCAAAGGAAAAGUCGUUGGCGGCGGCCAAGCAGGAAUCGGUCGCUGAGCGUCAAAGACUCAGACAACGUAUAAACGCACUUGAAGAAGAACUCGAGGUUAGCUUGUGCGAAAUCAAUAAGCUUUCGAAUGAACGAAAUCGAUGGACGCGACAAAUGGAUGAGCUACGAAACAACCAAGAUGAAUUGCAGCACCAACUCGACGCCAGCAUACAACGCCACGAAAAACAAUUGAAACAGUUGGAAAGGGUUGCUGAUAACUCUUCGACAGCCCACGAGCGGUUUCUGCCUUCCACUUCGGGCUCAUCAGUUAGGCGCAAUCCCCGAGUUUCCGUCAACCUUAUGUUCUACUUGAACCCAAAUUGGACUGUUUUCGAAAAAUAUACUCAUUUACAAAUCAAUUUGGUUUCCACGACUAAGCCCCUCGUUUAUGAUGUUCUACAACUGAAUGUGUUGCACACAGGCUGCCUCAUGUUUCAGUUGUCACGAAAUUCGAGAUAUCACACCGGGUCAAAUUUGAGGGCAGUUGCUGCGGAUUUGUUUAUUAGAGAAACAUCAACUGGACAGUUACGGACUAUUGGACAGCGAAGCAAAACGCUCAUAUGCAUCUUGUUUACAAAAACUAGAUAUAACCUUCUCCUUGAACGCGUCUUCCUGAUUUUUCCUGGAUAUUCAUUAACUGCUACUCAAAUGCAAGCAGAUGCUACAAAGCGAAUCCCCAAAUUCCGUUAUAGAUCCCACUUUUCAAGAUUCGCGAAGCCGAUUUACGAGAAGACGCUACUUGCAUGUCUCAUCAGUAGUAUCCAUUGUUACACUGGUAGAUUUUCAUCUAUCGUGCCUCCUUUGGACUACGAGCAUCGAUGUCAGGUUGCAACCCAAGAGCAUAGUGAGGAACUGCGUCGUUUAGUUGAAGAAGGCCAAAGAAGAGAGGAAAGAGGAAUGAGACGGGAGAAAGAGCUGGAGGAAACGUUGCAGUCAACCGAACAGCGGCUUGCACGCAAAACUCUCAUAUGCAUCUUUAUUACAAAAACUGAACAUCAAUCUUCUCUUGAACGAGACUUCCUGAACUUUCCUGGAUAUUCAUUGAGCGUUGCUCAAGUCCAAGCAAACGCUACAAAGCAACUCCACACAUCCACAAUAGAUCUCCUUUUUCAAGCGAAUUUACAAGAAAACAUACUACUCGCGUGCCACUCCCAUCAGGAGGCCAAUACAUCCCUAUUGCGAGAAGGAGAAAGAGUACAGGGACAAUUUCAACGUGACCACAAAAAACUACGUCAAGAACUUGCCGAAAAGGAAGAUGAACUUUCGCGACUGCAACAUGAACACACUCAGGCGCUGGCUGAAUGUGUGGAAAAGAUGCGGGCUGAAAAGAGUCAAGUCGUGGAUCAACUCAAAUCGAGCUAUUCGAAACAGAUUGACGAGUUGCAAAACAGUCUGGAUCAAAACGCGCACGAGAACAGAGCCAACAUGGAGAGGAUUGCGCAACUGGAACAAAUGAUUGAGGACAAAAAAGCCGAAGAGCACAAAGAAGCAUUCAUGGGGAAAAUGUUGGACACAGUGCUCGAGGAGAUUUCCGAUUGGGAGCGUCAAAAAGUGAGCGUGUGGCAAGCACGACUGAAUGACGUUCAAACGGAAGCGAACGAUAUGGUAGCGUGCGUUCGUGCUGAACUGCAAAAGACCAGAGAAGAAACGAACGCAAUAGUCAGGGCGCCUGAAGGAAGCACGAGGGCUGGAAUACUGCUAGGUUGCCCAAUCCUAGACAGGGGAAGUCGAGAGGGAGAGGUCGGGUUCGAACCACGGACCUUCCGGCCACAAUUUGAUGAGUAUAAAAAGGCUGCUGAGGAGGAAAUAGCAAAACUACGUCGCGAAUUGGAACAGGCUGGAACGCAACUUAAUGUGCUCCACCAGGCCUCCUUAUGCUUCAGUCGCUACGAUGUUCGAAAGAUAGCAAUACUUAAAAUCGCGAUGCUGGAGUUUGAGCAGGCUAUGGACGCGCGAAAAUUGCUGGAAGAAAAACUUGCCCAGUUGCGGAUCACAUUCGACGAGCAAAUUGAACACGAGAGACGAGAGAUUCAUGCGGACGUUCAACGUUGCUUGCAGCACAACAUGUUCACAUGGGAUGGCUUGCUAAACGAUGCUAUCCAGUAUCUUGAUUCUACAUUGAGGAUGGAACUGUCAUCUUCUGAAGAGCCGGUUUGUAAGGACAAUUCUACAUCUACAAGACUUGAUGAUUUGGACCAAACAGUCCAGAACUCCACUUGCUUUGGUCAUGCGGGAAAUCAGGAUUGGAAGUCACUGCUGGUUGCUUUCUCAGACAGUGUACAACAACGCGUCCGAGGCAUGAGGAGCAUAGCACAAAGUUUGCUGGUUGAACAAAACGCAAGAAUGGAGUCGAUGAGGUCGAACGCAGAACGACACAUAUCUGAUGCUCGGAGUCUCCUCAAGAAGACACAAAAGAAGUUCGAGCUUGAUGAUUUGGACCAAACAGUCCAGAACUCCACUUGCUUUGGUCAUGCGGGAAAUCAGGAUUGGAAGUCACUGCUGGUUGCUUUCUCAGACAGUGUACAACAACGCGUCCGAGGCAUGAGGAGCAUAGCACAAAGUUUGCUGGUUGAACAAAACGCAAGAAUGGAGUCGAUGAGGUCGAACGCAGAACGACACAUAUCUGAUGCUCGGAGUCUCCUCAAGAAGACACAAAAGAAGUUCGAGUUGGAACUAGAAGAGCUCCGUGAGCGGGAGCAUGA